AUGCUUUGCUCGGCCGUACCUUUGUUCCUGGCGCAUGACCUCUCCGUGAUUCCUGACGGCGAAACGGAGAACGAUCUGAGGGAGAUCUGGGGCUCCUUCCUGGUCGCGCGCGACCUUCACUACGGCCUGUCUAAGGUCGGGGCUGAAGUUUAUUUGCCGCAUUGCGUGGUGCGGCAAUUCGGUCUGAUUCAGACGGUCUCACUCUUCCCUCUGUCAACGAACCGGCUCUCGUCUUGGAGGGCCAAUGUCUCCCAGAGCCAUGGCGUGGCUGGGAUCUCCUUCCAGCUUCAGAAAGGGAUGACCUUUCUUACCCUGAGGAUGUGGAAGCAUCGAAAUGCGUUCGACGAAGAUGGAAGGGUCUGGUAUGAGGACUUCAUCUCGGCCAGAUUUAUUCGGCCAGUUGAAGAGGCCACGAGGGAGGCCCUGAAGAAUGCAGAUUGGGAUCCCCUUCCUCCUAAGUCUGGUAAAGGGAAGGAGGCCUCAACCGCGCUUUCUCGGCCGAGUGCCCCGGCUGCGGUCGUGUCCAGAGUGACGACCCUUCCUAUGGCUGAAGUAACGGUCGUGGCUUCAACCGCGACCCCAUCCUCCAGGGCGACGACCGUGGUGGGGGCGCGAAGGACCUUGGCGCACAGGACCGUGCCAUCCCCUCCACUAGUUCGACCGGGCCCUGCUGCUAGUGAGUAUCGAUUUUCUCGUAUUCUUUCUUCCAUCUUUCUGAGUUUCGUAGCUAACUUCGUUUUAUCUCUUGAAGCCCCAGGCCGUAAGAGGAGUAGAGAGGCCACUAUUACCGAAACCGCGGCUGCUGAGGCCGUGCUAGUGGGGAGUGCCGCGGCCGAAGUGGAGGUGCCAGAGCCGCCGAGAAAAAGAGUCCUCCUCAUCCUUUCAGAAGGCGAGGACAAGGAGGAAGUCCCUCCUGCGGUUCUUUUCUUGCAUAGCGCGGCGGUGGAUGUUGAAGUCAUUGCUACAGAGGCGCCGGUGGUUGAGGAAACCAUUGCCGAGGCGUUGGGUACCGAGGCGGCCGAUACUGAGGUAGCAGUUGGCAAGGGGAUAGUCACUGAGGCAACAACUGGUGAGGCGGCCGUAGCUGAGGCCACGGCUGGUGAGGCGGAGGCUAGAGCAGUCAAAAUGGUGGUUGCAGAGGUGCCAAGCGCCGAGGCAGCAGCUAUGGAGGUGCCAAGUGCUGAGGCGGCCGCUGCAGAAUCGCCUUUAGCGGCCUUGACCGGGGUAGCGGCCGUGCCUUCGUUGGCUGCCAUGGUCCAAGUCGGGCCGCCGCCGGUCACUCCCCAUCGUCCCAGCAGCAUUGUGAUCCGCUCGCCCCCCAGAGUGUCCUUGCCUCUGACCGUGCCCGUUGUCUCGGCUGCGGUGGCCGUGACUCAAGAACCAUUGGGCGAGGAUGAUAUUGCGGUCGUUGAGCCCCUGGCCACCGCCACUCCUAUUUUAACUCCAACCGCCUCAGUCAGCAUGUCCAUGCCGCAACCGCCUUUAUCUCAGGAGUCAACGGUCAUGACCGAGCUUGCGGUCACCGAGAUCUCUAUCGUGCCACCGGCCGCUGAGAGCCUGCCACCUCAGAUGACCUCGCCGAACUGUACGCCAGCCUUCACGAGGAGGGAUGUAGCUCGGUUUCGGACCCCUUAUACGAGGAUUCUAGGGCCGCUGUUGAACGGCUCCGAGAGUUCCUCUUCUUGGGAGUCCACGAAAUGA